GGUCCGGCGCAUGCGCACCUCCUCGCUGCUGUACCGACGACAUGCCGAAGUAUUAUUGCGAUUACUGUGAUACUUAUUUAACACACGAUUCGCCGUCUGUUCGCAAGACUCACUGCGAGGGCCGCAAACACAAGGAAAACGUCAAGGACUAUUACCAGAAAUGGAUGGAAGAACAGGCCCAGAGCCUCAUCGAUAAGACCACUGCUGCUUUCCGCCAAGGGAAGAUCCCGCCCACCGCACCGUUUCCGGCGCCGGCUGGUCCUCCUCCCGGCGGAGCCGCCAUCCCGCCGCCACACGGCAAUGUUGGUGUUCCACCGCCGCGGCCUGCCAUCCUGCCGGGCCCCCCAAUGGGAGGGCCGCCCAUGAUGCCGAUGAUGGGCCCCGCGCCUCCUGGCAUGAUGCUGGUAGGCCCAGGGAUGAGACCGCCUAUCGGUGGCCCGAUGCCUAUGAUGUCGGGGCCUAUGAUGGGGCCUCACCGGCCGAUGAUGGUGCCUUCCAGACCUGGGUUAGUCCGCUCGGGAAGAUAAGCAGUGACUUACAUCAUAAGGUUUACUCUGUGCAACUUUUCAUAUUCUCGUGAAGUAAAGGCCGUUGGAGGACAGCGUCGACGGUUGAAGAUUUGUACACAUCUUUUGUUGAAGAAACUGCAGCAAGUUGCAUGUCAGCCGCCAUCUUCCUUGCCAUUCCAACAGCCAUGGUUAAUAUGAGUGCGUUUCUAAAUGGCCAAUCGUGAUUUAGACUGAAGUACCCUCUCGAAAUUGCUAUUUACAUUUGGAAAUAACUAAUGUCUGGUUUCGAAAGCAAUUGUUGAUUCCGACGUCCUCUAGAUUUUGUAGAAAACAGAUGGCCCCAGUAGCGCGCUUUGUGGCUUUGCCCCAAUCUAUUUGACAGUCAAAUGGUGUUUUGUCUUUUUAAUUCGUUUCAGUUCUAGUCCCUGCUCUGCCACAUAGUGUAAUUCCCUUUUUAUUUUCCUGGUGUACAUUAACUUUCUAAAAGAUCCCUGAGCACACUGCUGUGGUUGACAGUACAAAAGUCAGACAUUAGCAUUGGUUUAAAUUGUACAUGGAAUUUAUUGUUUGUUUGGUCUUAAGUAAUUGAACAGCGAACUGCAGAUCUUCGCUUGGAAGUACACUGUUGAACAUAACUUGUUGCAUUUAUUUUGUAAUCCUUAACUUAGUGUUGGGAAUAUUAAAAUUUUUAUAGGUAAUAAAUGCCGUAUGUUGGACAAA